AGGAGGCAGUGUAGUAGACAGCCUGCCACCCAGGGGAGCAGGGUGCCUCCCAAGUGCCUGAGUCAAGGAGACUUAGCACCCAGCAUCGGAAGACCCAGAGAUCGAGAUUUGUGUGGGGAAGGCAGUCCUCUUGGCCUCUGGGAGGUGCAGGCUCGCGAUAACCUGAGGACAAUGGAUGCUGAUGAGGGUCAAGACAUGUCCCAAGUUUCAGGGAAAGAAAGUCCUCCAGUAAGUGACACUCCAGAUGAUGGCGAUGAACCCAUGCCUGUCCCUGAAGACCUUUCCACCACGUCUGGAGGACAGCAGAACUCAAAGAGUGAGAGAGGAGUGGUUACAUAUGGGGCUGAUGGCUUUAGGGAUUUUCAUGCAAUAAUUCCCAAAUCUUUCUCUCCCAGUAAUGUUAAAGUAGAGACUCAGAGUGAUGAAGAGAAUGGGCGUGCCUGUGAAAUGAAUGGGGAAGAAUGUGCAGAGGAUUUACGAAUGCUUGAUGCCUCAGGAGAGAAAAUGAAUGGCUCCCACGGUGGCCAAGGCAGCAAAGCUUUGUCAGGAGCUGGAGGCAUCCGACUUCCUAACGGCAAACUAAAGUGUGAUAUCUGUGGGAUCAUUUGCAUCGGUCCCAAUGUGCUCAUGGUCCACAAAAGAAGCCACACUGGAGAACGGCCUUUCCAGUGCAACCAGUGUGGGGCUUCUUUCACUCAGAAAGGCAACCUGCUCCGGCACAUCAAGUUACAUUCUGGAGAGAAGCCUUUCAAGUGCCACCUCUGCAACUACGCGUGCCGCCGGCGGGACGCCCUCACCGGCCACCUGAGGACACACUCCGUUGGUAAACCUCACAAAUGUGGAUAUUGUGGCCGAAGCUAUAAACAGCGAAGCUCUUUAGAGGAACAUAAAGAGCGCUGCCACAACUACUUGCAAAGCAUGGGCCUUCCAGGCACUCUCUACCAAGUAAUGAAAGAAGAAAAUAAUCACAGUGAAAUGGCAGAAGACCUGUGCAAGAUAGGAUCAGAGAGAUCCCUCGUGCUGGACAGACUAGCAAGUAACGUCGCCAAACGUAAGAGCUCUAUGCCUCAGAAAUUUGUUGGGGACAAGUGCCUGUCAGACAUGCCCUAUGAUGGCAGCACCAGCUACGAGAAGGAGAAUGAGCUAAUGCAGACCCACGUGAUGGAUCAAGCCAUCAAUAAUGCCAUUAGCUACCUUGGGGCUGAGUCCCUGCGCCCCCUGGUGCAGACACCCCCAGGUAGCUCCGAGGUGGUCCCAGUCAUCAGUCCCAUGUACCAGCUUCACAAGCCCCACUUGGAGGGGCCCCCACGUGCCAACCACUCCGCCCAGGACAGCGCUGUGGAGAAUCUGCUGCUGCUCUCCAAGGCCAAGUCAGUGUCUUCUGAAAGGGAGGCAUCCCCCAGCCAAGACUCGACAGACACCGAGAGCAAUAACGAAGAGCAGCGGGGUGGCCUCAUCUACCUGACCAACCACAUCAACCCCCAUGCCCGCAAUGGCCUGUCCAUCAAGGAAGAGCACCCAGCCUAUGAUGUGCUGCGGGCAGCCUCCGAGAGCUCUCAAGAUGCCUUCCGGGUGAUAGGCACAAGCGGGGAGCAGAUGAAGGUGUACAAGUGCGAACACUGCAGGGUGCUUUUCCUGGACCACGUCAUGUACACCAUCCACAUGGGCUGCCAUGGCUUCCGUGAUCCUUUUGAGUGCAACAUGUGUGGCUACCAGAGUCAGGACAGGUAUGAAUUCUCAUCCCAUAUCACACGGGGGGAGCACCGCUUCCAUAUGAGCUAAAUGCCCCAGCUGCACACGCCACCCAAGAAAAGCACAAACCAUUACUGCCCCCCUCCUACCAGUGGAUGGACUGGAUGAGAACCUUGUGCUUUAAUUUCUAGGUGGUUUUUGUUUUGUUUUGUUUUGUUUUGUUUUAAGCUAAUUGGUUGCCAUGUGAUUUGCUUUUGAAAACAAAAAGAUUUCAUUGUUAGAUGUGGGUGUACAUUCAACACUCCACCCCCAAAUUGCUGUUACUAGAUGUUUCCAUAAACUGCUAGCUGAAAUCCCCCCACCUGUUGCCUCCUAGAAUCCCCCUCCUCCAAGCAAUGUGUCAUUUUCAGAAAGAAAGUUAUAAAAACAGGCCAAAGUCUGGGCACGAAUGUGCUGGCUCCUGUGCCAAGCAGAGGACUCCCACACCAGGUGUGAUUUCUUAGGUCCUAGCAGCAGUGGGUCACCACCUGAGCUGACUUUCAGGUGAACAAUACAGGUGAGCAGACCUUAAAGAUGCUCCCAUAGCAGACUUGAGCACUGCAUCAUAUUCUUCAUAGGAAGCAAAUUGUUGGGGCAAAGUUGUAAUUAUUGGUUCCCUUGCAAAGGGAGACAGGAUGCAUUGGAAAUUCUUUUAGAUUCAUUCCCAAUUUCCACACUGCUAUGACAUUGCUUGGAAGGCUGCAAGACUUCCCAGGCUUGCUGUCAGUUGCAAGGAACUCAAUGUUCCUGUGACCCCAUCUGGAAACUACUGUUUCUGCUUUUUUAUUUCCACAACUUUAAUGACCCCAAGUCUAUCACUACAUUUUUAAUACCAGUCCUGAAAUUUGGACCAUGAUUCUUUUUGAAUCUUGCAAACAGUGAAAUGUCUCUGAAACCAAAGCUUUAGUUCACAGUCCCCACAUGGUUCCUUGGAUAUAUUUCUUCACUGGCUAGUUCUACCAGAAGGCUAUUUGUCUGCAGAAGUCCCAUCCUAGACAUCCUUUUAGCCAAGCAGCUGUUUUGUUUGUAAGUAUAGGCCUGAAUAACUUAUUGCCAGUUCCCUAUCUGCAUAUUAUUUUUUUUAAAUUCAUAAAAGAAUUCAGAAUAUCAUUAAUUUUCAGAUCAAUGAAAUAGGACAAGUGAAGUCCAUCCAAUGUUACUAACACACAGAAAACCUACUUAUUUGAAACCAAACUUUCAAAAAAUCUGAAACGUACUCCUCUGAGGACAAAGCAAUACCCAUGUGCCCAUACAACAUUAGGACACAUUGCCCCAUACCAUUUUUCACUAGGAAAUUGAUUCAGGGUAAUCAUGUCAUUCUUACUUCCUGUUUCAGAUCUGACAAGAAAAGGACAGGUGGCACUAGAGGUGAGAGUGAGUGUUGGUCUCACUGCAGUGCUUGGGGAAGGGUCUUCCUCAAUGUUAAUUCUAUUGGCAGGACAGUAAUCCCAAACACUUUAGCAAGGAAGAACAUAUAAUUUCAAGGGUUUGCAGUACUUUGCUUCUCCCAACUUAUCCUAAUGUGAACAAAAAGAUACAAAGGGAAAACUGCACAGGCACCUCCACAUUUAACCUAAAUCUGGGGUCUUCACCACAAGGAUAUUUCCUUGUGGGAGAUUUUCCCAAGCAUCCUGAGAAGUUUGGCAGCAUCCCUGGUAACGACAAACUAAAUGACAUAAGCACCUCCAAUUUGAAACUUACAAUCUCUUUAGAAGUUGCCAAAUAUUUCCUGGAGGGCAAAUUAACCCUGGCAGAGAACCCCUGCUUAAAUGAAUUCUUAACCAGUUGAAGGUCUGCAAAGUCUUCCAGAGAUAAAAGCAUUGGAAAAAAUCUUCCCAGGUCACAAUCUGGAACCUGACUCAUGUUCCUUUGGAGUCAUUUUAAAUUUUAUAAAUGAAUUAUUCGCCUUCAGUCUUGACAAAUACACCUGCUCCCGUGCACCUGAGUUUUGUUGAAAGGAUGGAGUUCACAAAAAUAUUCUAGAGCCUUAGGUUUUCUUUGCUUACCAAGGGUGUGGCAUUUUGAAACUGGAAAUGGUAAUAAUUUAGAUAGUGGCACAGGGAUGCACUGAGUAAAGGAGCGGAGAGGAGCAGGCUGUUGUCAGCCUCAGUUCAACAUGCAGUUACAGAAAGAGGGUGACAUAUUGCUUAGGUUUCCAGUUUACUGGCCAAUUUUACCUGCCCUGUUCUCCAUCCCAUACAGUCAUUUGGUUGAAAGGAGUUAUUUUUCCUACUGGCUUCAAACAAAGCUUGACUGUAAAUAGUGACUAGGAGAGUUCUUUUCUAAAAUGUUCCCCCUUCCUCCCCUUGUCUUUUAGUCAAUAUAACUGUCUACCACACAUCUUUCUGUUGUGGUUUUAUAAUGUAACCAUUUUACUUUGAAAUUAUUGUAUUUAAAGUAGGGUUUCAUAGAAUAUCAACAAGUAAGUAAAUUAUGUUCAAAAGGCAAACAUGUUCUGUACCCAAAGCUGUUUGUGUUUUUCUAUCUAGCAGUAAGAGUAGGAUUUUGCAUGACCUCUCACACUUUUUUGUUCUGUGGUUUGUUCUCUUGUCUGAUGGUAUGAGUGUGAGUGUGUGUACUGAAAUGUGUCUACAUUUCAUGCACCCUCGUUGUGUUUAAAAUAAAUACAGAAAAACAAGGAUUGUGAGGAUCCUUGAUCUAUUGGCUAUGAGAAAUCCCUUUUAGUGUCCCUGCCCCAACUCUGCCACCUACUCACUUGACAAAGGAAUCUACCUUCCCUACCCAGGUCCCCUCUGAACAUGUACCAUAGAGUGUGGGAUUAUCCUAGUUGAAGAGUCCCUUUAAAAAACUGCAUUAUCAUUUCUUUAUCACCCAAGGGUGUCCCAGCACCUAUCACUUCAGAUAUAAGUAGGUUCCAUGUCCAUUUUGGAAGCAAGCACGUAAUGAAAUCUUAGAAUCUUCACCGAGGAAGAGAGUUACCUCUUGUGGAAAUAUGUGGUUCUAUGUUUCUUUUUUUCUGGUUUUGUUUUGAUUGACUCUAUUGUAGUAUCAUCUUCUUGCAAAAAUAAAAGCAAGGUGAAAUGGAUUUAUGUGGACAAGUUAUGCAGCAAAUGUAUUUGUCUAUCCUUCACUUCUCGAGUUCCAGCAAUAAUGAAGGGUAGCUAUAUCUAAAAUGCAGUUAUUUCACUCAUUCAGUUCAAUGUGUGUUUUUCCACUUUCAAAAUGAACCAAAAGCAGUCUUCUUUAAGAAAAAUGGGCAUCAGAACUUAAAAAGGAGAUUCUCUGUUGGUAAUAGCACUCACUGUGAAUAAGUGUAACAGGAUAUUAAUAUGCAAUAUUGUUUCCGAUACUUUCUAAUACUUUUUUACAAUGUUGUAUGUGGUGAUUGUUAAGGUCUAAUCAGUUGUACCCAAUGCAGCUUUAGGUCUUAAGCUGCCACUCUGGCAAGUACAUGUACAGGAUUGUAAAUGCAGUUUUAUCUCCAAGCUGCCUCUCUGCUGAUGUUAAAUUAUUUCUGUUUAGCUGUGAAGAAGGGGUAUGCUCCUCGAGGAAGGAUUUCCUCCUUUUGUACACAUUUUGAGAUGCUUCUUCUGUAAUG